AUGACAGCUGGUCGGUCCUAUCACCGUUUGUUCCUAACGGGAGAGAUUGUUCCAAGGAUGAUGCAUUGCUUCUACAUGUCAUGUCCAACACUGAACUGUUGUUUUCAGGGACGUUUUACAGUCGCCUUUACAGCCCCGCUACUGCCCUUUGUUCCCUUUUUGUUCCCCCAGCCUUCAGCGAACAUUCGCUGUACGCCAAUUUUUACAUCCGAUGCGAACAACAAGACUAUGUAUUGUGCAGCGCUCUGGGUGACCCGCAUGUUCAGCUGA